AUGGCGUCCCCUGCAGCCGCCAUGAAGACAGUGUACUCCCCGGCUGGCUCACUGUGUGAACCUCAACCUCACCGCCCCCAGUGUACUCCCCAGCUGGCUCACUGUGUGAAUGAACCCUCACCGCCCCCCAGUUGUACUCCCCAGCUGGCUCACUGUGUGAAUGAACCCCCUGCCGCCCCAGUGUACUCCCCAGCUGGCUCACUCUGGCUGACUGUGUGCAUGAACCCCCCCCUCAGUGCACUCCCCAGCUGGCUCACUGUGUGCAUGAACCUCACCGCCCCCCAGUGUACUCCCCAGGUGGCUCACUGUUGUACUCCCCAGCUGGCUCACUGUGUGAAUGAACCCUCAACCCUCACCGCCCCCCAGUGUACUCCCCAGCUGGCUCACUGUGUGAAUGAACCCUCAACCCUCACCGCCCCCCCAGUGUACUCCCCAGCUGGCUCACUGUGUGCAUGA